AUUGUGGUAUAGAGCGUAUUGGCAGCGUCGUCACUUGACCGCGACGAGCUUCCACUAGUCUGUCAGGACUCUUUCAUCCGGCUAUCAUUUUGCUUUUCCGAUCUGCGUGGUUUUGUAUGUUCUGCAGGUCACGCGAACAGACUGAUCAACACGAUCUAUGGGUUAUCCUCGGUAGUGCUUGCAAAAGAAGACCUCUGGCAUCAUCUGAUUUUCGUCCGUGCAUAUGCGGGCCGCUGUGUUUGUUUAUAACAUUUGUAUGAGACCGCCUUUCCACUACAUCAUGAUCUCCUACAUCAAAGGGCUAUUCCUUCUAUCUUCCUUUUUUACCGCACCAUCUUCAGCUUUGGACAAUGGCGUUGGGGUGACACCGGCUAUGGGUUGGAAUCUGUACAACGCGUUUCUCUGCGCUACUGUGGAAGACGAUUAUCGUGCUGCGGCUCAAGCUUUGGUGGAUCUUGGACUGGCAGACGCUGGUUACAAGUACAUGAACCUGGAUUGUGGAUGGCAAGGAACGGAGCGAGACUCUGAUGGUGGCUUCACAUGGAAUUCCAGCAUCAUACCAUCCGGUAUUCCAGCGUUGGCAGACUACGUGCAUAGCCUAGGAUUGGAGUUCGGCCUCUACUCCGAUGGCGGAUACUACGCAUGUGACUCUGUCGGAGGCACAGCUCACUACCUUGGGUCUCUCGGACACGAAGAGGAUGAUGCGGAAAGCUUUGCCAGUUGGGGUGCAGACUACCUCAAGUAUGAUAAUUGUUAUGCCGUGAGCGAGACAGACUUCGUCGAUUUCGACCCUCCCAUCGCAAUCGAGGAUCAUUUUGUCACUAUGAGGGAUGCCUUGGCCGCCACUGACAGGCCUAUCUUAUUUUCUGCCUGCGAGUGGGGCGUACAGGACCCGGCUAGAUGGCCAGGAAGCGAAGUUGCCAAUUCUUGGCGGAUAGCCAACGAUAUUGGACCUCCUGCUUCUUGGGACAGUAUAUUCAGGAUUCUAAACCAAGUAGUUCCUAUAACCCAAUUUGCUGAGCCCGGAGGGUGGAAUGAUCUCGACUUGCUCUAUGUGGGAAACGAUCUUUUGACAGUCGCAGAGCAACAGACUCAUUUUGCAUUUUGGUCGGCAGUGAAAAGCCCUCUGAUGAUAUCGACGGCCCUGACUAGUAUAUCGGACGAUGCGCUAGGAAUCCUGCUGAAUGAAAGGAUUAUCGCGCUCAAUCAAGACCCUCUUGGAAAGUCUAUCAGUUUCAGACGACGAUAUGCAAAUGACCAUGACGUUUGGUCGGGACCGCUCAGUGAUGGCUCGACGGUCGUUGUGGUCAUCAACUUCCAGACCAAUGCCACACGAUCCUUAACAUUCCAAUUAGCUGACGUAGGCUUCUCCUCGGCGAGAGCCAUUGACUUGAUCACCGGAAAUUCACUCGGGACUUUGACCACUUCACACACCACGACAGUCGCUAUGCAUGGAAGCCUCGUCCUCAAGCUUACGAAUGUCGUCCCAAUCACAGCACCUCGGUUCACUUACUACGAAGCCACGGCCUCAUCGAGCAUCCUUGAGGGAGGUGCAAACAUACGCCAAGUGAAUUCCUCUAUUUCCGUGGUUGGUUAUGUAGGAAACGGCGGGACUCUCACGAUCACCGGCGUUGACGGCGGUGCUGGAGGGACCAAACUUUUAUCAUUUGAUUAUAUCAACGGUGAUGUGACAUUCUAUAACAACGCAUGCUCCAACUGUCGCAAUGCAUACAUCAGCGUAAAUGGGGGCGACGCAGUUCAAGCUCAAAUGCCCAUAUCAGCACAAAGCUGGGAUAUUUUGUUAACCGGGUUCUUAAUAUCGGUCUCUGGGUUCAAAACAGGAACGGAUAACACUAUUGAAAUCUUCAACAACGACGGUUAUACUCCAGAUUUUUACAGAAUCGGUGUUGCCAUUUGAUUACACAU